CAUUCCCACACCACAAUCAUGGCCGACUCCGCCGAAAUCCCCGAGCGACCAAAAGAUGCUGCUCCAGCUGCGGAAGGAGAAGGCGACGACAAGGGACCAUCGAAGAGUGCAUUGAAAAAGGCAGCCAAAGAAAAGGAAAAGGCGGAAAAGAGAGCCAGACUCGCGGCUGAAGAGGCAGCACGGAAGAAAGAGGCCGACGCCAACGACAUCAGCAAGGAGGACUACGGCGAGCUCCCUCUAGUGAGGACAUCGACCGGAGCCAAGCACGAGAAACUCGCGGACCUGGCGGAGAAGCACGAUGGACAGGCGAUUGAGGAAGGAAAAGGACCGGCAGUCAUCUUCCGCGCGACGGUCAACAAUGCUCGCAAUCAAGGUGCGAAGCUGUCGUUCCUGCAAUUCUCUCAAGGUCCGAAUACCAUCCAGGCUGUUGUUGCUCAGUCCGAGAAAUUGUCCAAGCAAAUGGUCAAAUUCGCAGGAGGAAUCCCCACCGAGAGCGAAGUCGUGGUGCACGGAACAUUGCAGAAGCCAUUCGAGCCGGUUAAGAGCACGACCAUCCAGAACCUGGAAGUCCACAUCACAAAGCUGUACAUCCUCUGCAAAGCCGACUCCCAACUCCCCCUGCAAGUCGCCGAUGCCGAAGGACGCAUCCCCGCCGAAGGAGAGGAGAAUGCCGUGCAAGACGGAAAACCGAUAGUCUCCCUCAACACCCGCCUGAACAACCGCACCAUCGACCUCAAAGCGAACCUCAACCACGCCAUCUUCACCAUCAAAUACGGCGUGCAGAAACUCUUCACCGAAUUCCUCGACGAGCGCGGUUUCCUCGGCAUGAACACCCCUCGCAUGCUCGGCGCCGCGACCGAAGGCGGCUCAUCCGUCUUCGAAAUCAAAUACUUCAACGACAAAGCCUACCUCGCGCAAUCUCCCCAACUCUACAAACAAAUGAUGAUCGCCUCCCGCUUCGAACGUGUGAUGGAAAUCGGACCCAUUUUCCGCGCGGAGAACAGCAAUACCGCCCGCCAUUUGACGGAAUUCACGGGUCUGGAUCUGGAAAUGGCGUUUGAGGAGGACUAUCAUGAGGUGGUCACCCUGCUGGAGGAACUCAUGCUGUACAUCUUCAACGGUCUCCGCACGAAGUACAAGAAACAAACCGACCUCGUGCGCACCGUCUACCAAGUCGAGGAAUUCAAACUCCCUCCUCCGGGAAAAGUCCCCCGCCUCCACUUCAAAGAAGGCAUCGCCAUGCUCCGUGAAGCGGGC